UGCGAUUUCUGUUUAGUGCAGUUGAUGUGCUUUUGGUGUACUGGUCGUACGGCACUUGGAACAAAUGGAAAGCUAGACAGAGAAAGUGUAAAAAACAAGGUUCUGAACCUUGCGUUUGUGGACAAUAGUUUGUUGGUAAAUAAUUUUGAAUUCGAAUCGUCAUGGCCAGUUCUCUCUGUAAAUCGUCAGUGCAAAAAACCUAUCAAGAUGUUAUUGAUGAUGUUAUAUCAAAUAUUCGAGAUCACUUUCUGGAAGACGGUGUCGAUGAGCACGUUUUACAGGAGUUGAAACAACUUUGGGAAACUAAACUCAAAACCAGCAAAGCUGUUGAGGAUACCAAAGAAAUGGAAAAAGCAAUACAAAAUCAAAACAAAAUGAAACAAGACGAGCUGGCAGUGCAGAAGGGCCAACAAAUGUUGCGACAGGUCGUCGGUCAGGUGGCACCCAACAACCACAUGGCGAUGCUACCAACGGAGUACCGACGAGUACCGAUACAGCUAACCAUUCCUCCGAUGCCCGGCACGGACGACGGGCCGCGAAGUCUAGCCAUAGAAGUGCCGGAAAUGUUCCUACGCGGCAACCACCUGAAAGACAUCCUCACGUCGUCCGUGAUCAGCACCACGAUGGGCUUGCCGGUCAUAAACGCGUGUAAUUUCCUCCAGGACGUGGUCAAUCAGGCGUUCGCCAAGCAUCAGCAGAUGAUGGCGAUGGCGAUGCCGGUGAUGCCGCCCCACCUCGUCAAUCCCGCCUUCGUACAUUCCAGACAUCCGGGGGAUUACCCCCAGUUCGAUCCGGCGACCAAAAUGAUCAAUCAGUUCGAUGGACUGGACGAUUCGUCGGACGACGACAUAGAGGUGGAGGAAGCCCGAGUGGACGACCCUGAUUCGGAUGAGGGGGCAAAUAGACAGGAGGAGGAUCCGUUAAACUCUGAAGAUGACGUAUCGGAUGCUGAUGAAGCUGAGGCAGUUUUUGAGACUGAGAACGUUAUUGUAUGCCAGUAUGAUAAGAUAACAAGGAGUAGAAAUAGAUGGAAGUUCCACUUGAAAGAUGGCAUCAUGAACCUUAACGGUGAGGAUUACGUGUUUCAAAAAGCUAAUGGCGAUGCUGAAUGGUAGAAGACUGCAUAAUUACCUGAUUAAUAUCACCCUAUUUACAAAAUUUAAAGUUUGUUAAGCUAUUGGCCAACCAGUUACUUGAUAUACGUAUAUCAAUGAUUACAAGAUUUUAAUUAAUUAAGGUAAUGUAAUAUCUUGUAAGUUACGAUUAGGAUGGCAAUAUUUUAUUUAGGGUAGAUAUUGUUUUACUUACUUAUAUUAGGGCAUUAUAUAUAAAGUUCUAUAAGGCUAACUAUUUUGUUGAUUGUGAUAUAGUAAUAAAUUCCAAAGAUGUUAUGAGUAAAUAUAUGUUUUAAAAUUACAUGUUAAAUUUGAAGCCUUUGGGUUGUUAUUAAAUAUUAUAUAUUAUAUUAAUAUAAAUUGUUUUAUGUUUACACUUGUUUUUAUUCAUAUUUUAAAUAAAUCUCUCGAGUAUA